AUGGAAUUCGAUGAACUAAAUAUUGAUGAUUCUUUGGUACAAGCAUGCCAAAGAAAUGGAAUUACUAGGCCUACGGAAAUUCAGAAGCAGGUAAUUCCUAUGGUACUUGGAGGAAACGACAUUAUAGCUGUUUCGCAGACGGGGUCGGGAAAGACCCUUGCAUUUGUUCUUCCAAUAGUGUCACGCCUUCUGCUGAAGAACAGAUCUUUUUUCUGUCUAGUGGUUGCUCCAACAAGGGAAUUGUCUUCGCAAAUUGCCGAAUGCUUUAAUAUGUUUGGAUCCACAGGCCUGAGGGUUUGCUUACUUGUUGGAGGGACUAAUUUUAAUCUUCAGGCCAAUCAGCUUUCCAAGCAUCCUCAUAUUGUUGUUGGGACACCGGGAAGAAUAGCUGAACAUAUUCUAAAGACCAAGUCAUUCAAAGCAGAAAGAAUAAGGAAACUUGUGCUUGAUGAGGCAGAUCGAUUCUUCGAACAAGACUUUGUAGAGGAUUUGGAAACCAUUAUCCGAAGCUUGAGAGAGAAGAGACAGACACUCCUCUUUACGGCGACAAUGUCUAAUGAAAUAUCCAAGUUGUCCAGUUCGAUACUUAUAAAGCCCAAGACCAUUCGUGUAGUAGAAGGAUAUGAAACGGUUUCUGCUUUGAAAGAAUACUAUUUCUUCACAGCAAUGAAAUGGAAGAGUUCUGCCUUGGUUGAAUUCCUUGAGAUGAAUCCAGGUGCAUCUACUAUUGUAUUUGUAUCAAUGUGCAUAACUGCUCGAGUAAUGUCUCUGGCGCUGAGUAAGCUUGGAUUCCAUUCGGAAGCACUCUAUGGGGAAUUGAGCCAGGAAAAAAGAGAAGAAACCAUGAGGAUGUUCAAGGAGAAUAAGUUCAGCGUCCUUGUUUGCACCGAUGUUGGGAGCAGAGGAUUGGAUAUAAGCCAUGUAGACUUGGUGAUAAACUUCGAUGUUCCAAAGAGUGGAAAGGACUAUGUUCACCGUGUUGGAAGAACUGCUAGAGCAGGAAGGGCAGGAACAGCUAUUACGCUCGUGACUCAAUACGAUGUUGAACAACUUCAGAGAGUGGAAUUUGUGCUGAAGAAGAGUCUAGAAGAAUUUAAACCGGUAAAGAAGAACUUCGAAUCAAUACGCGAGAAGGUUGAAGAAACUAUCCAAGAAGCCCAGGAGAUUCUCAAGGGGGAAAGAAAAAGAAAUAGAAGACAUUGA